AGGCGCAUUUACCGACACCGGAUGGCUGGGCGGCGCGCACAUUCACCGAGGCAGCGGAUGAACUUGAAGUGUUUGAUGGAUUCACGCAUCAGACACUUUGUGAAAACGAGCGGCAAGCUAUCAUCUCCAGAUGUCCGUGCAUUGGAAGAAAACACACCCACCCACGACGGAGUGACUCACGGGUUUUAAAGUAGUCGAAUAAGCGGUCGCCGGUGCGGACGGGGAGAUUUCUGCGUGGGGUUACCCCCGCUUCUUCCUGCUACUUAAAGCAGCUGCCAAGUGUGGUUUUUAUGGGGAAGAGAGGCGUUGAGCUGGAGCCGCCACAAGGACACACAGCUGGCCACAUAUGGAUACCAGCGCAUCUCCGUAAAGUACCACACUCUUCACGAACCCUGCCCUGAAACUCCAUUCAUCUCCACUCAACAAACGGAGUCCAUUUCAUCCACAAACGGCACUAAUAUCGACAAAAGAGGUUUUCAAGUCACUUUUUUUAUUUGAAGUUUUGAAAGCUUCUCCAGCAGGAAGAUGCGUCAGGAGGUGUCGAGGAGGCUUCAGAUGCAGCUGGUGAUGUUCUCCAUACUUCUUUUUAGUUUGGGGACAGGAUUUCCAAGCAGGCACAGAAAUGCUGCUCACAAGGGUCACGGCCACCCAGUUCAGAGCGUUGGGAUCCAGUACGACCCAGACGACUUGGAAAGGCAGAACCAGGUGCAAAGCAUUCCAGAACCCCACAGCCACCAGAGACGGUGGUCCCACCCUCAGCACCACUCUGUGGGAGUUCUUCCUCAGCCGGAACCCGAGGAAGAGACUAAACCCUUUAUCCUGGAUUUGAAGAACUUUCCAGACCUGGCGAAUGGUGAUGUGAACUCACAAAACCCCAAUAUACAGGUCACAAUUGAGGUUGUGGAUGACCCCCAGAUGGAGGUGGAGAUGGACCUGGCCAAGGACAAUGAGUGGCUACCAGCCUCCUCCACCUCCCCUUCGUCCUCGGUAGAUUGGCUCGGAGGAAAGAAGCUUUUCUGGCCGCUUUUUUGGAGCUACACCGAUUCAAGCGAAGACAGCAGCAGCCGAUCAACCGUGGAGGAAACCGGUGAAGAAGAGGAGGAAGAUUAUUCGCUGGAUUACGGCAGCGAGGAGUCUUUACUCAGCGGAGUGGGCGGGGAUUGGGACAGUCACUGGAACGAAGGCUGGGAUCCAAUCCAGACCUACUACGAGAAGGACACCGAUGAGUGGACCGCCUGGUCUCCCUGCUCAGUCACAUGCGGACCCGGCGAGAGGAAGAGGACCAAGUCUUGCGGCUACUCGUGCACUCUGACCGAAGCCACAAAGUGUGACCUGGAGCCUUGUCCCGGGGAAGUCAACACGGUGGCUGAGCCGUUUCCUUUUGACAUGGAGAACGGCACUGAACCGUUCGGAACGGAUGUGGACAGCUGUGAAAAGUGGCUCAACUGCAAGAGCGAUUUCCUGCAGCGAUACCUCCAUCAGGUGUUCCUGGAGCUACCCAGCUGCCCUUGUUCCUUCCCGUCGGAGGUGGCGUACACGGUGGUCAGCGUCUACGACGACACUCACGGACGUACCUUCCGAUGGCGUGACGCCAGCGGCCCAAAGGAGCGCCUCGACAUCUACAAACCGUCGGCCCGCGGCUGCAUCCGCUCGGCGCUCUCCGGCGACUCGUCCACGCUGGCGGCGCAGCACUGUUGCUACGACGACCGCGGCCGGCUCAUCACGCGGGGGAAAGGCGCCGGCAUGCCCAACCUGAUCAGCACCGAGUUCUCACCCGAGCUGCACUUCAAAGUGGACGUGCUGCCGUGGAUCCUGUGCAGGGGGGACUGGAGCCGCUUCCACGCCGUACGACCGCCCAAUAACGGCCUGAGCUGUCCACAGAACCCCCACGAGGACGUGUUCAUGAACGAACUGGAGGAGGCCAGAGAGUACUGACGGACCGCGGCCAUUUUAGAAAUCAUGUACUAUGUGUCUAAAGCAUGCGGCAGCCAUUUUUCAUGCAUUACCAAGAGAAAACCUUCCCCUAUGUCCUCACAUCAGGCGCACCUGAAUGGACCCAAUGGCACAAACCUACUCCAGUGACAAAAAAAAAAUUAUGAAUGAAAUGAUUUGGAAUCUGGCGGCACGGCGGUCGAGUGGUUAGCGCGCAGACCUCACAGCUAGGAGACCAGGGUUCAAUUCCACCCUCGGCCAUCUCUGUGUGGAGUUUGCAUGUUCUCCCCGUGCAUACGUGGGUUUUCUCCGGGUACUCCGGUUUCCUCCCACAUUCCAAAAACAUGCUAGGUUAAUUAGCGACUCCAAAUUGUCCAUAGGUAUGAAUGUGAGUGUGAAUGGUUGUUUGUCUAUAUGUGCCCUGUGAUUGGCUGGCGACCAGUCCUGGGUGUACCCCGCCUCUCGCCCCGAAGACAGCUGGGAUAGGCUCCAGCACCCCCCGCAACCCUUGUGAGGAUAAGCGGUAGAAAAUGAAUGAAUGAAUGAAUGAUUUGGAAUCAGGUCCAGAACGAUAAGCUAAAGGUUGUGAUUGUGUGAAUGGCUAAAAUAGCAUUCAGGCAGCCAUGUUGUUUGAUUACCAGGAGAAAACAAGCAUACCUGUCAACUGGGGACACUUCCCAUUUUAAUACUUUCCCGUACUAAAAAAAAGAUUUUUUUCUAAUUUUUUGGAAUAUUUCCCUUCUUUUCGAAUGCAAAUGUUGACAGGUAUGCCAAAGAGUUGACGAUCAGUGAUCCUUUUAGUCUCUAUGGUGCAAAUGUAGUACAACAAGGUUCUAUGGUCAGUCAAUGUGUUUCGAACACAUUCUCAGGGGGACUCACAAAGGGGACUGGAAAAAAAAACCUCGCCGAUAUGACCCCGUGUGCAGAGAUUCAGAUGAUGCUGACUCGUGGCGAUUCGAAAAAAAGGAUGUUCUUACUCACCCACGGCGCAUACCUGUCAUGGACAGAAAUUCUAGGCGCAGCUAAGGUGUUGACGGAGUCCGGUUCGGGGGGCCUUAGAAUCCCAUCUCUGCUAUUUGCAGAUGAUGUGGUUCUUAUGGCCUUCAGCAUUUAACUGGGACGGUUUUGCAUCUGAGUGUGAAGCAUCUGGGAUGAGACUCGGUACCUCCAAAUCAGAGGCCCAUGGUUCUCAGUCGGAAAAGGGUGGAGUGCUCCCUCCGGGUGGGUUGGGAAUGAGGUCUUGCCCCAUGUGGAGGAGUUUAAGUAUCUUGGGGUCUUGUUCACGAGGUCGACAGACGGAUCGGCACAGCUUCGGCAGUAAUGCGGUCGCUGUACCGGACCGUCGUGGUGAAAAGAGAGCUCAGUCGGAAAAGGGUGGAGUGCUCCCUCCGGGUUAGGAAUGAGGUCCUGCCCCAUGUGGAGGAAUUUAAGUAUCUCGGGGUCUUGUUCACAAGGUCGACAGACGGAUCGGCGCAGCCUCGGCAGUAAUGCGGUCGCCGUACCGGACCGUCGUGGUGAAAAGAGAGCUCAGUCGGAAAAGGGUGGAGCGCUCCCUCCGGGUUGGGAAUAAGGUCCUGCCCCAGGUGGAGGAGUUUAAGUAUCUCGGGGUCUUGUUCACGAGGUCGACAGACGGAUCGGCACAGCCUCGGCAGUAAUGCGGUCGCCGUACCGGACCGUCGUGGUGAAAAGAGAGCUCAGUCGGAAAAGGGUGGAGUGCUCCCUCCGGGUGGGUUGAGAAUGAGGUCCUGCCCCAGGUGGAGGAGUUUAAGUAUCUCGGGGUCUUGUUCACGAAGUCGACAGACGGAUCGGCGCAUCCUCGGCAAUAAUGCGGUCGCCAUACCGGACCGUCGUGGUGAAAAGAGAGCUGGGCUGGAAGGCAAAGCUCUCAAUUUCCCACCCUGAGCUUUGGGUCUUGACCGAAGGAAUGAGAUCGCGAACCCAGGUGGCUGAAAUGAGUUUCCUCCGUAGGGGUAGCUGAACUCACCCAGCUGAGGAGCUCAGCCAUCCAUCCGGGAGGGGCUCAGAGUAGAGCCGCUUCUCCUUCACAACGAGAGGAGUCAGUUGAUGUGGCUCGGGGAUCUAGUCCGGAUGCCUCCCGGACGCCUCCCUGGUGAGGUGUUCCGGGCAUGCCAAGCCGGGAAAAGGCCCCGGAGCAGACCUAGGACAUGCUAGGAGGGAUUAUGUCUCACAGCUGGCCUGGGAACGCCUUGGUGUCCUCCCGGUGGAGCUGGAGGAGGCAGCCAGGGGCCGGGAAGUCUGGGCUUCCCUACUGAGACUGCUGCCCCCACGACCCGGACCCGGAUAAGUGGAGGAAAAUGUAUGAAUGGAUGGCAUACCUGUCAACCCUCAAUUGGGGAGAAGCCGUGAGAUGCAUGCCAAUCAAAGAUGGUCGCCGGGUAGACAUCCACACCUCGGCCGAUGUCGUUUGGGUAACAUUUAAUACACUCGCCGCUACUCUCCAUGCCCGACAGUUCUCCGGUUCUGCACCAGCGACACAGCUUUCCGUCCGCAAUCCUCCAGACUCAAGGCCCAUAUUUUUUUACCACCACUCCUUGACAUCAAACUUCAUUAAUAAACAUCAAAGUUAUAUUUAUAUUUGAUACACGGGGGCCAUCUUGAACCCCUAAAAAAAGAUGCUCAGUAGCACUUUAGCUUAAAAGAAAACAUCACUAACUACAAUCACGGCGCCAACACAGCUAUUAUACUCGGGGGAGUAAUGAACAACAAUGUUAACUUUACCAGCUCUUUCCAAUGUAUACCCGCAAGGUAUGCUGGGAAGCAUACCCAGCAUAACUUGUGGCAAUGAGAAGCAGUCCUUUCUAUCUAAUCAACCGGAUGUUGGCUCCAAAUGUCCCUUUUCUUCAUAAGCGAUGGAAUGGAAGGCACUUUAUUUAAGGUAUAUGUACUAUAAAGUAUAUGUAUGUAUAUAUAUAAGUACCACAGUGUGAAGGGAAAGGGUGUUGUACAAUGAAGAUGGACCUAUGAAGUGUUAAUGCUGACAAAAGCAUGAAAUCUUGAUAUACAUAUAUGGUUGUACAGUAUUUAUUUGUGUGUUUUGGUUUUUUUUUUCGCUUUGAAAAACACGUCGGACUGAGAAAGAAAAAAAAAAGGGAACUCACUUCCUUGCUGGUGUUUUGUGUUGUAUUCUUUGCCGUACUGCAUCGCUUUGGUUGUUGACAUCACG